AACAGGACAGACUCCUUUAAAGGGUUAAUGUCAGAACCAUUUCACAGGACUAAUGCCAAAUGUGGAUGUUUUCUUUAUAAAUGAGUGAGGAGUUUAUUUUAACAGUGAAACUAGUGGCUCUUGGCUCUUCUUGAAAAUGCACAUUUUGAGGGCACACCUGUCUUCCGGAAGUUUUGUGACGUCACAGUUGCUCAGGUAUUCGCGCUGAAAUCUCGCUCGACCGGACGGACGAUCUGCACUGAUAUAAUGUGCGCCUCUGGAGACUUAAACCUCAGAGACUAAACCACACCAAGACUCGAGGAUCUUACUGUUUUGAACAGCCUACAAGAUGUCAAAUAUUUUACCAGACGAGACUGUGUUUGAGGACUUCAAAAAACAGUGUUUAUCCACAGAGUAUUGGGUAAACAAGUAUGACAAAGACGGAAUGCAGGUGUGGGUCGAGAGGCCUCCAGACAUAAAGACAAACAACAACGGCUCCAAAAUACACAAAAUUAAGUGUAAAAUAACCAUCAAAGACGUAUCUGCUGCCACUAUGUACGACGUGCUUCAUGAUGGAGAAUAUCGUAAGACCUGGGACCUCACCAUGAAGGAGAGUUUUGACAUUGCGCGUCUCUCUGACAAUGCUGACGUUGGCUACUUCUCCUGGAAAUGUCCAAAACCAAUUAAAAACAGGGAUGUGGUGACGUUGCGUUCCUGGCAGAUGAAAGAUGACGAAUACAUCAUUGUUAACUUCUCUGUAAAACAUCCUAAAUAUCCUCCUCGCAGUGACCUUGUGAGAGCUGUUUCUAUCCUGACAGGCUAUUACAUCAAGCCCCUGGGACCAAACAGUUGUACAUUUUACUACCUCUCUCAAGCCGACCCUAAAGGCGCUCUUCCAAAAUGGGUGGUUAACAAGGCAUCUCAGGUUCUAGCUCCCAACGUGAUGAAGAAUGUACAUAUGGCGGGACAGAAAUAUCCCGAGUGGAAAAGGGAGAACUCUCCAGAACAAAAACCGUGGCUCUAUCCAGAACAGAACAUUCUGCCCAUGAUGGACCCAGCUGAGCUCUGCAUUCAGAGAGGCGACUCAUUAGAAAACAUAGAUGAGGCCUUCAUAAAGGAUUCACAUGAGAGACAAAACAGUCCUCUCCGGCCAACGGUAGCAUAAAUGAAAACUUGCACAAAGACCCCUCUUUUCUGUUGGUCACAUAUUAAAGUAAGGAUGCUUUAAAAGACACAAUUGUUUACAACGCUUUUCACAGGUGGAAAACGACAGACCUCAAUGUUGUUCCAAGCCAAUGUGCUUCAAGUGUUCUAUUUGUUUCCACUGUGACGCACAAUGUUUUACAACUGGUCUCACUUAAACCAUUUUAACAGUUUUGAUAUUAGCUUUUUGACAUUUAUAUGGUCAUAAAUUGUACUUAAUGACCAUGUGAUCCCAACUUUCACCACUGAAUGUAAAUGUUAAAAUGACUUAACAUUGAUUUUUUUGCCUGUCAGGUCAAAAGUUUGAUAGCUCAGUACUUGGUUUUAUUAUGCCUACUUGUAAAAUGGCCUUAUUUUCCUUUUGUCAAGUCUUUAUAUUUAAAGGUGUAUUUAUAUUUUCAAUGUGGAAGUAAUUUUUCAGGUUUAACUGGCAGCCUUAGUCUUGCACUGACACUGAAGGAAUGAUCAUAUUGUGACCUAUGUGGAUGACUGCAUUGGCUUAUUGUGCAAUGUACAUAGAUACUUAUUGCCUCAAAGAUUAUGUAUAAUUGUAAUAUAUUUAGUUAUUUUUUAAGUGUAUUUCUGACAUUCAGAAAUCAUAGUUCAAGACAGUAAUUUGAAGCUAUGUUUGCUAACAGUGUUCUGUCUUAAAAAUAACUAUGAGUUAUGUUUGUUUUUAUUUUAUUUUGUUUAACAGCCCCAAAAUAAAUGUUAAACCCAGGGCAAAUCUAAAAGUAUUUCAAUUUUGCUCAGGUGGUUUAACCUGAUUUUAAGUAUAACUUUAACAAUGCAAAAAGAGGUAACAGGUGAAUGAGAAAAAUAUUUAGAUGGUGAUACAAUAUGAAGGUGAAACAGACGGAUUGGUGAUUGCCGCUGUCAAAGUUUUGAGAAUUUCUAUCAUUUUUUCCUCUGUUUAAGUUCUUAGGUUAAGUUAUUGAGCAAUUCAAUGCCUGUCUGACUUUGUGUUGGUUCACUCAACAAUUUUAUGAACUCUGCAAGGCAAUUGCUGUUGUGAUUUUGGGCUAUACAAAAAUAAAUUGAAAAAGAAACUGCAAAA